AUUAGUUCUAAACUCCGUGGGGGAGCCCUAUCAGAGCAAUGUGUCCCCUCGUUGGUCUCGGUGGCGGAUGGAGAGCCUCGGACUACUCGGAGUCGAACCAACCACUUCAACACAGAUGGAAUCUUAAAAAAACAACAACUAUUCACCUUUCUUCAAAUCCCAACAUAGCUUUAAAAAAAAAUAAUUUAAAAAAUCUCAACUCGCUGCCGCGGAGCCGAGCAAACUUACAAACUCAGGGAAAAGGGACAUAUAGGCCAGCCUUUGCCCUCCCUCCUCUCACGAAGCUGCGGGAGCGGCCGUACACGACCAUUUGCAGCACUGGUGCACAGAGGAGGGUUACAGACCUUACCCUCUUCAAGACCAGAGUCUGGAGAUGCAGCAUGACAAGCACUCGGAUACAUCUCCACAAACGUCCAGAAGCUGUCUUCUGAAACACUCUUUUUUGUCAAGUGCGCAUAGGAGAAAAAAGUGGCCGGACUCCCGAAGACUUUCCCUUUAGGCCCGAAGAUAGUGACCAUAACAGCUGGUCUCAUAUAACUGAAGAACGGAAUUGCGAAAAGGAUAUGACCGUGCGUACGGAACUUUUCCACUUUCUCAACAUGGCAUAGCUUAGUAGCACAACAAAUCGAUGGAGGAAGAUUGUAUGGACCAGAACAUUGCCAGUUACAAUGACAGGGUCAACAUGCACAUGAACAAGUGAUCGCGGCCACUUUUUGACGACAUCAACUCACAAUGCAUGGACCCUGUCAGCAUGGACCCUGUCAGACGAUCAACACAGGCAACUGUGGUGUAGUGAUUAGAUGCUUUGCCGCCGCACGCGAAAGAUCUUAGUUUGAUUCCAGUGUGCGGAUGAUUUUAUCGAGUAUUCCAGUCUUCCCACUGGGAUGUUACAUCUUCUUUUUGCUGGGGCGCUCUGUCUUUCUCAGCCCGAUUUGGCCCUCACGGGCUGGGAGGAAGACCGACUCAUAAAUGAUCGAAACUGUGUCCAUUGGAGUGAAAAAACACCUACAUUAAAAAACAAAAUAAAUAAAUGAAAGGCGAUUAUGAGUUGCACCAACCAUUUGGACCAUCUUGGGUGUGCAGACAAAUGGCCCUCACGUAGACUGUGUGUUCAGAUACAUGGAGACAUCAUGACAGAUUCCUUCGACUAUUUUGAGUUGGUCGUCUAUGAUGUCCACUGUGUGCAAAGAGGCCGCAUGUUGGCGAGGAGGAGGAUGGACCGGACCAUUCGGGAUGGCUUAGGAAUAUAUACCGGUGUUUGCUACUUUGGCAUGCUAGAUGAACCGAACGUGCACCCAAAGUUUGGUGAACUUGCCAACUACAGCAACAGCAACCUGAAGCCGGACAUGUCCACAUUGACUAGGAGCCUAAAGUCAGCAGGAGGUCAAGGGAGGGUUGGCCAUGUUAUAUGUAACUUGGAGCUGUUGAAUGGAAAACCGGACAUGUCUUGCCCCCGGAUUGCAGCGCAAAACCAGAUAUCCAAGUUAGCAGAACUGGGACUCACAAUCAAAUCGUCCUCCGAGAUUGAAUUUGACAUACGGAACACUGAAACCAAUGAAGACUUUGGUCACACUGCUCAAUGGGCGAGCAUCAACAUUGUAGAAGACCAGCAGGCCAUAAUUCUAGAACUGCUUGAUGAACUCAGUGACAUCAAUGUGAAUGUGGACACCUUCCAGACAGAGGCGGGCCCAGGACAGUAUGAGAUCACUAUGGAUAUUGCAGAAGGAAUCAAGGGUCCUGAUAGCACAGCUCGUUUCAAGAAUGCUUCUAAGACAUUUUUCAGAAAAAGAGGAUACACAGCAUCCUAUAUGACAAAAGUGGACCUGAACGGUAUAAGCAGUGGCAUGCACUUUAAUCACUCUUUGUGGACAAACGAUGGCCUAAACGCUUUCAAAGAUCCCAGUCAACCCGAAAAUUUGUCUGAGCUCGGUCGCCAUUGGCUGGCAGGUCUUCUCCAUCACGCGCCGGGGAUAACAGCGAUGUGUUCACCCACCGUCAACUGUUACAGGCGUGUCGGGUCACCCUGGGCGCCCACGUACAGCAACUGGGGUGUGCAGAACAGAAUGGCCACCUACCGACUGAAGGUUGAAGGUCAUGGCAGAAACGUGUACCUGGAGAACCGACUGGCCAGUGCUGCCAGUAACCCAUACCUGGUCUUGGCCUGUACAGUGGCUGCUGGUCUGGAUGGAAUCAAGAGAAAGCUGGAACUCCCUAAAGCUGACACCAAUGCAGCAGUACUUCCCAAUGAUCUGGACUCAGCUCUGACAGCGCUAGAAGCCGACACAGUUCUUGUUGAAGCUCUUGGUGAAGAUGUUGUCAAACACUUUGUUUAUGCCAAACGUUGCUUUGAAGUAGAGAAGUUUAAAAAGAUCAGUGACUGCAGUGAGGAUGUGAAGUUCAAAGAAGAGUAUAAAACGUAUUUCUACAAAGCAUAAAGAUUUAUUAAGUUAGCAUCAAUGAAGAAUGACAUGCAUGUAAUCAGAGCAUUUGAAAUACAUACUUCACAUCAUCUCUAGCAAAGAAAAGGUACACACGAACUGCACGGGUCCAGAAUACUCAAAUGUGUAAUAUUUACUUUGCUGUAUUAUCUCUAUCUUUUCCUCAUCCUUCUUCAUUACUGUUACAAAAAGGUCAUUUCUCUCUCCCUCUCUCUCUCUCUCUCUCUCUCUCUCUCUCUCUCUCUCUCUCUCUCUCUCCCUCCCUCCCUCCCUCCCUCCCUCAUCCCUGCAUGUCAGGGGCAUAGUGGAUGAGUGGGAUAAAGCAUCCCAGCGUAUUAAAGACAGAGAUACUUGAUAGGGUAAAUCCCACGUCCUUCCUGGAUUGUUUCCUCUUCUGCCGGUGUCCAGAUGGAUAGAGGGCCGAGAACUCCGCCUCAGAACUGAAAUGUUGUGACCUUACGGCGGGACAGUCUCAGUCAUCAUAAUGUACAUAUAAUUAUUUGCUUCUCUUGUAUGGAAGCCUGUCUGGCAAAAACUCAUUAUUUUAUUCUGUUUUUGUUUUAUUUUGAAAUACUGCAAUAUUUGUUAAUUUUCACCUUUAAUUUCCAUUUUUCUGUUUGCAUAGAUAAAAAUUCUGUUUUCAAACGCAACGUUCUCAUAUACUUUUACUGUUUGCAUGUAAAUGUUCUUCUCGUGUGCUUUUUCUAACCUUGUACACUUUAAUAUGCUUCCUUCAUUUACAGUAAUGUACAACAAUCAUAUAGUUUCUCCGUUAAUAUCUAACAAUGACCAAUCCAUAGGCAAAAAUACUUCUCAAACAAAGUCAAAGAAAUAAGAAUUUCAAAUGAUGCCCCUGCUUUUUUCGUACGCAAAACUAUUUCUACAUCGAUGCGGGCAUUUUAAGCGUGUUGCACUGCCAAAAUAUGUGAAGUUAUCGACAAUGCAUGAUACCCUCAGAAUGCCUUUUUUAAUUACAUGACAAUACCCUUAAAACUGGUAUGAACCAACAAACUAAAAGUGGAUAUUCCUUGUGCAUGUGCAUUCUUUGUGCUUUUUUAAGACAUUAUUUCAGCUGUAAACUUGGAAUAUUUUAACAUCUCCACGAUUUCCUGUCUAUCACAAUAUUCUGCUUAAUUAGUGUUUCUUUUUCCGCAAGUUCAUUUGUGGUUGUGCUGUAUGCAGGCUAUGUGAAUGUGUAUGUGUGGUGUCAGAUGAUACAAUUCUGUUGGAUACUGGACUGUGGCAAGUGGAAAAAAACCCACGGCUUAUACUUUUCCUUUGGUUACCGAUCAAAGUGCUCAAUAGUUUUAUAAAAGAAAGAAACAGAUAUUUGGUUAUCAGCUUUUUCUUUUGCAGUGUUUUUGACUCAGCCUUUUGGUAUCUUCAGCUCUUUACUUCGUUCCGAUAGCGUAACAUUUAAGUCAUGGGUGAAUCAAUGAAUUCGGUUGUUUAAGUGAGCAAGUGUUUAAUCGUAUCAGAAUUACUGGUGAUAUCAAUUGCGGCAAUUGUUGUUAGACGCAAGCACACAGCCAGCGUCACGUGUCCAUGCUCAGCAAGCUCACAACAGGGCAUCAUACUACAAUACAUUACAUGUAUCAUGGCAGCCAGAGAAGGCGUAUUCAUUGUUAGAAGUUUUCUCUGUACGUAUGUCGUGGUCUGUUUGAUUUGCAUACAGUACAGUUGUAAGUGCCUUUGUAAGACAUCUUUUACAACGAAAAUGGCAAAUAAAGUGUUUCUGUUUUUCA